CCGCGGGGGCAGCGCCCUCGGGGAGCCGGCCGGCCGGCGGCGGCGGCAGCGGCGGCGUUUCUCGCCUCCUCUUCGUCUUCUUUUCUAACCGUGCAGCCUCUUCCUCGGCUUCUCCUGAAAGGGAAGGUGGAAGCUGUGGACUCGGGCGGGAGCCGGCUGAGGCGCGGCGGCUGCACCUCCCGCUCCUGGAGCGGGGGGGAGAAGCGGCGGCGGCGGCGGCGGCUGCAGCUCCGGGGAGGGGGUCGGAGUCGCCUGUCACCAUUUCCAGGGCUGGGAACGCCGGAGAGUUGGUCUCUCCCCUUCUACUGCCUCCAACACGGCGGCGGCGGCGGCGGCACAUCCAGGGACCCGGGCCGGUUUUAAACCUCCCCUCCGCCGCCGCCGCACCCCUCCUGGCCCGGGCUCCGGAGGCCGCCGGAGGAGGCAGCCGUUCCGAGGAUUAUUCUUCUCCCCAUUCCGCUGCCGCCGCUGCCAGACCUCUGGCUGCUGAGGAGAAGCAGGCCCAGUCGCUGCAACCAUCCAGCAGCCGCCGCAGCAGCCAUUACCCGGCUGCUGUCCAGAACCAAGCGGCAGCAGAGCGAGGGGCAUCAGCCACCGCCAAGUCCAGAGCCAUUUCCAUCCUGCAGAAGAAGCCCCGCCACCAGCAGCUUCUGCCAUCUCUUUCCUCCUUUUUCUUCAGCCACAGGCUCCCAGACAUGACAGCCAUCAUCAAAGAGAUCGUUAGCAGAAACAAAAGGAGAUAUCAAGAGGAUGGAUUCGACUUAGACUUGACCUAUAUUUAUCCAAACAUUAUUGCUAUGGGGUUUCCUGCAGAAAGACUUGAAGGCGUAUACAGGAACAAUAUUGAUGAUGUAGUAAGAUGUGCUGAAAGACAUUAUGAUACCGCCAAAUUUAACUGCAGAGUUGCACAGUAUCCUUUCGAAGACCAUAAUCCACCACAGCUAGAACUUAUCAAACCCUUUUGUGAAGAUCUUGACCAAUGGCUAAGUGAAGAUGACAAUCAUGUAGCAGCAAUUCACUGUAAAGCUGGAAAGGGACGAACUGGUGUAAUGAUUUGCGCGUAUUUGUUACAUCGGGGCAAAUUUUUAAAGGCACAAGAGGCCCUAGAUUUCUAUGGGGAAGUAAGGACCAGAGACAAAAAGGGAGUAACUAUUCCCAGUCAGAGGCGCUAUGUAUAUUAUUAUAGCUACCUGUUAAAGAAUCAUCUGGAUUAUAGACCAGUGGCAUUGUUGUUUCACAAGAUGAUGUUUGAAACUAUUCCAAUGUUCAGUGGCGGAACUUGCAAUCCUCAGUUUGUGGUCUGCCAGCUAAAGGUGAAGAUAUAUUCCUCCAAUUCAGGACCCACACGACGGGAAGACAAGUUCAUGUACUUUGAGUUCCCUCAGCCGUUGCCUGUGUGUGGUGACAUCAAAGUAGAGUUCUUCCACAAACAGAACAAGAUGCUAAAAAAGGACAAAAUGUUUCACUUUUGGGUAAAUACAUUCUUCAUACCAGGACCAGAGGAAACCUCAGAAAAAGUAGAAAAUGGAAGUCUAUGUGAUCAAGAAAUUGAUAGUAUUUGCAGUAUAGAGCGUGCAGAUAAUGACAAGGAAUAUCUAGUACUCACUUUAACAAAAAAUGAUCUCGACAAAGCAAAUAAAGACAAGGCCAACCGAUACUUUUCUCCAAAUUUUAAGGUGAAGCUGUACUUCACAAAAACAGUAGAGGAGCCAUCAAAUCCAGAGGCUAGCAGUUCAACUUCUGUAACACCAGAUGUUAGUGACAAUGAACCUGAUCAUUAUAGAUAUUCUGACACCACUGACUCUGAUCCAGAGAAUGAACCUUUUGAUGAAGAUCAGCAUACACAAAUUACAAAAGUCUGAUUUUUUUUUUUUAUCAAGAGGGAUAAAACACCAUGAAAACAAACUUGAAUAAACUGAAAAUGGACCUUUUUUUUUAAUGGCAAUAGGACAUUGUGUCAGAUUACCAGUUAUAGGAACAAUUCUCUUUUCCUGACCAAUCUUGUUUUACCCUAUACAUCCACAGGGUUUUGACACUUGUUGUCCAGUUGAAAAAAGGUUGUGUAGCUGUGUCAUGUAUAUACCUUUUUGUGUCAAAAGGACAUUUAAAAUUCAAUUAGGAUAAAUAAAGAUGGCACUUUCCCAUUUUAUUCCAGUUUUAUAAAAAGUGGAGACAGACUGAUGUGUAUACGUAGGAAUUUCUCAUUUUGUGUUCUGUCACCAACUGAAGUGUCUAAAGAACUUUGUGAUAUACAGGUUCACAUCCUACCCCUUUGCACUUGUGGCAACAGAUAAGUUUGCAGUUGGCUAAGAGGAGUUUCUAAAGGGUUUUGCUACAUUCUAAUGCAUGUAUUCGGGUUAGGGGAAUGGAGGGAAUGCUCAGAAAGGAAUAUGUUUUAUGCUGGACUCUGGACCAUAUACCAUCUCCAGCUAUUUACACGCACCUUUCUUUAGCAUGCUACAGUUGUUAAUCUGGACAUUUGAGGAAUUGGCCGCUGUCACUGCUUGUUAUUUGUGCAUUUUAUUUUUUUUUAAGCAUAUUGGUGCUAGAAAAGGCAGCUAGAGGGAGUGAAUCUGUAUUGGGGUACAGGAAUGAACCUUCCACAACAUCUUAAGAAUCCACAAAUGAAGGGAUAUAAAAAUAAUGUGGUCAUAGAUAAGAAACACAGCAACAAUGACUUAACCAUAUAAAUGUGGAGGCUAUCGACAAAGAAUGGGCUUGAAACAUUAUAAAAAUUGACAAUGAUUUAUUAAAUAUGUUUUCUCAGUUAUAAUGACUGCUCCAUCUCCUGUGUAAUCAAGGCCAGUGCUAAAAGUCAGAUGCUAUUAUUGCCUACAUCAGUCAACAACUUACAUUUAUUUUAUUAGUUUUCAAUCGUAUACCUGCUGUGGAUGCUUCAUGUGCUGCCUAAAAGCUUCUUUUUUCUCAUUAAAUAUAAAAUGUUUUGUAAUGCUGCACAGGAAAUUUCAAUUUGAGAUUCUACAGUAAGCGGUUUUUUUUUCCUUUAAAGAUUUAUGAUGCACUUAUUCAAUCCAAUAGAUGUCAGCCGUUGCACCCUUUUGACCUUACACAUUCAUUACAAUGAGUUUUGCAGUUUUGCACAUUUUUUAAAUGUCAUUAACUGUUAGGGAAUUUUACUUGAAUACUGAAUACAUAUAAUGUUUAUAUUUAAAAGGACGUUAUUUGUGUUAAAAAGGAAAUUAGAGUUGCAGUAAAUUUUCAACACUGCACAAAUAAUGUCAUUUACUUUUUCAGUAGAAGUUGUCCCACAUAAUGCUUUUAUCAAUUUGCUAUUGAAAGAAUAGAUUUUUUUAAAUGUGCAGUGUUGAAUCAUUUCUUCAUAGUGCUAGAGUUAGGACUAGGGCUUCAAUUUCACUUCUUAAAUAUCAUAUAUUUGAUAUGCCCAGACUGCAUACGAUUUUAAGCAGAGUACAACUACUAUUGUAAAGUUAAUGUGAAGAUAUGAUUAAAAAGAAUUUUUUCCCCCAGAAAUUUGGUAUCUUUCAAAUUAUACCUUGACCUUGAAACAUUUGACCAUCCAGCCAAUUUAUUUCUUAAUGGUGUAAAAUCUCAUUUUCAAUAACUUAUUGGUGCUGAAAUUGUUCACUAGCUGUGGUCUGACCUAGUUAAUUUACAAAUACAGAUUGCAUAGGACCUACUAGAGCAGCAUUUAUAGAGUUUGAUGGUAAAUAGAUUAGGCAGAACUUCAUCUAAAAUAUUCUUAGUAAAUAAUCUUGACAUGUUUUCCAUACCUCGUCAGUUUCAUUCAACAAAUAAAAUUUUAAAAUUUUUAACAAAGCUGUUAGGAUUUACACAUUUAUAUUUAAACAUUGAUAUAUAGAGAAUUGAUUGACUGCUCAUAAGUUAAAUUGGUAAAGUUAGAGACACCUAUUCCUAAGAUCUCAUCAUUGAAAUUUAUAUGUCACCUUGUCUUUCAUAAAAGCUGAAAACUGUUGACUAAAAUGAAAAUCAACUAUUCAUGUUUUGAAGAUGAUUAUUAAUACUGUUAUUUGUUACAGUUUUGGGCACAGUAUAUUAAAGCGUAACUUGUAUGGUUCCAAUAUGUAACAUGGAGGGCCAGGUCAUAAAUAAUGACAUUAUAAUGGGCUUUUGCACUGUUAUUAUUUUUCCUUUGGAAUGUGAAGGUCUGAAUGAGGGUUUUGAUUUUGAAUGUUUCAGUGUUUUUGAGAAGCCUUGCUUACAUUUUAUGGUGUAGUCAUUGGAAAUGGAAAAAUGGCAUUAUAUAUAUUAUAUAUAUAUAAAUAUAUAUUAUACAUACUACUCUCCUUUAUUUCAGUUACCACGCCCAUAGAAUUUGACAAGAAUUGCUAUGACUGAAAGGUUUUUGAGUCCUAAUUAAAACUUUAUUUAUGACAGUAUUCAUGAUUAGCCUGAAAUGCAUUCUGUAGGUAAUCUCUUUGAGUUUCUGGAAUGUUUUCUUAGACUUUUUGGAUGUGCAGCCGCUUACAUGUCUGAAGUUACUUGAAGGCAUCACUUUUAAGAAAGCUUACAAUUGGGCCCUGUACCAUCCCAAGUCCUCUGUAGCUCCUCUUGAACAUUUUUUGCCAUAAUUAUUAAAGGGUAGUUGAAUAAAUAGCAUCACCAUUCUUUGCUGUGGCACAGGUUAUAAACUUAAGUGGAGUUUACCGGCAGCAUCAAAUGUUUCAGCUUUAAAAAAUAAAAGUAGGGUACAAGUUACUGUUUAGUUCUAGAAAAUUUGUGCAAUAUGUUCAUAACGAUGGCUGUGGUUGCCACAAAGUGCCUCGUUUACCUUUAAAUACUGUUAAUGUGUUAUGCAUGCAGAUGGAAGGGGUGGAACUGUGCACUAAAGUGGGGGCUUUAACUGCAGUGUUUGGCAGAGUUGCCUUCUACCCUGCCAGUUCAAAAGUUCAAUCUGUUUUCAUAUAGAAUAUAUAUACUAAAAAAUUUCAGUCUGUUAAACAGCCUUACUCUGAUUCAGCCUCUUCAGAUACUCUUGUGCUGUGCAGCAGUGGCUCUGUGUAAAUGCUAUGCACUGAGGAUACACAAAAAAUUACGAUGUGUACAGGAUAAUGCCUCAUACCAAUCAGAUGUCCAUUUGUUAUUGUGUUUGUUAACAACCCUUUAUCUCUUAGUGUUAUAAACUCCACUUAAAACUGAUUAAAGUCUCAUUCUUGUCAUUGUGUGGGUGUUUUAUUAAAUGAGAAUAUUUAAUAUUUAUAAUUGAUUAGAUUUAUUGACAUUUUAAACGAUGGGCAGCCAAAUGUGAUUAAUAAGUUUUUUGUAGGUUUUUUUUUUUUUUUCCCCUGCUGUCCUUCAAAGCCUACAGUUAUAUAAAAACAUGGGCUCUUGUCAGUUUGGGAGUAGAGUAUCAGUCUACUCAUGUUUGAGAGAGGCAUUUAGCUUUUUUAGUGUCUUAGUCAACACUUAAUAUACUGUUUCAAGCACAUUAAAUAAUAUGCUAAUCCUAAAAAGUUCACGAGUCUUGAAAAAUUGUGCAUAUAUAUAUUUUUUACUAAGAUGUCUGAAGAUAAUUCCCCAGAAUGGAUUUGAUACCUCAGAUGUCAGUUUUGUGGCUUUUCCAUUCUUUAUGAUUCUGUAGUGUGCCAUCAACGUAUGGGGAGCUUCAUCUACUCAUUGUGACUUGUGCCAUUUAAAAAUUGAUAUUCCAGAAUAGUCUAAAGGACUUUGUGUACUUGAACUUGCUCUUGUUAUUUCUAAUAUUCUUAAAAGCUUAAAGACUAAGUAAGGCACACCCUUUCAACAAAGCAUAGUAAGGUAAUAAGUGACAGUGUAGCCUGUACAAAUGUUUUGAAGAUAAAGCAGAUCAUUUAUGUAACAAUAGAAUUUAAUGUUAUUUCAAGUUUACAUUUUCUCCAUGUGACUUUUUUUUAAAGUAAAUGUGAAUAUAUAAUGUAAAGAAGUAUGAAAAGUCUGUGUGUGUACACACAUUUUUUCUUUUUAGGUAUUGUAAGUAUGGUUGAAAACUAUACUGGAGUUUAAAAUUAUUCUGACUUAUAAGAUGAUCUUGGUGAUGUCUGAAAAAUAGGAAUUUACUGGCAAUUUUGUUUUUAUUUGCAUGUUCUCACGACUCUUAAUUUGAGCUAGCUUGGUUAAGUGAAUGCCAUCACCAUUUCCAUUGAGAAUAUAAAAAUCACCAGUGUUUAACAUGCAGGCUUCCAAAGGCUUACAAAAAAUCAAGACCCUUAAAUCUAGUCAAUUUGCUGCUAAUGUGAAACUUUUUUGUUCUUUUAUUCUUGCCAGAUAAUUAGCCACAGAUCUAAAACUUAGUCUUAAGUGGCUUAAGUGUAAGUUUUGAUUAGCAGUGCUGUUACUAGUGCAGAGAGAAAUGUUUGUGAAUAGAAAUAAUAAUAUAAAUAUUCAGUCUAAACUGGUAUAAGUACCUAAAAAACUAGCAAAAAAGAUAAUAGAGGAAAACAUUUUAAAACUUUUAAAGAUGAGAUGUUUGAGACCGAUUUUCCUAUAGAAUUAUGUAUCUAUAGGAAGCCUAAUGAUUAUCAGUUGUUUUUAAUUUUAGAGCAAAUCUAUUCCUUUAUGACCAUGAUCUUGGUAUUUUUCCAUUUUUUAAGAGAUCUUCCUUCUUCAAGUAUUGGGUUGGCCCAAAAGUUCGUUCGGGUUUUUAACAUCUUACCCAAAAAUCCAAACGAACUUUUUGGCCAACACAAUAUAUCAGACUGUAUGUAGCCAUUCUGACAAAUUCACAUGUGUUGGUAGCUUUAAAAGUUUGUAAUGUGAAGUCAGUAAAGGACAAUAGUUUCAUUGGUGGUAAUACCCUUUGGUUCUUAAGUUAGCUUUUUUGAGAAUAGUUUCCUGUAACAACAAAAUCUUCAGUCAUAAUCUCACCACCUGGAAACAGCUAUUAUUAAUGCUUUAGUGACUAUACAAUCAUUUUUUUCUGUAUAUUCAUGUAUAUAUUUUCUUCAAAAAAUGAAAUUUGUACUGUGCAUGCUCUCAAGGCCUUUAAGCUUAGUAUUUCCAUCAUGGAUUUGUAGAAUGUUAAAGUACAUCAGAAAAUAGACAGUGACUGGAUUCUUUCUAACGCUACAGAUGCGGAUUAUGUGCAGUUAUUGAGAGCCCUUUCCAAUUCAGUGGGUCAGUCAUGGACGUUUAACUAUUGUUAGCAUCAGAAUAAUACAUGUCUAAGUAAAUAAAACAGUUACAUUUAUUUAGCAUAGACAGGCUUAACAUUGUAGAUAUUUCUCUUCAAAAACCAUUUCAAACAUUUGUAUUUUGGAAUUAGGUGUUAAACAGAAUGUGUGAAACACUGUAUUAGUAGUGAAUUUCAUCAUCACCUUUCUAUUUCUCUUAUAGGUUGGAAAAGAAGGAUGAGCUUUUCAUUUUUUAUAAUUCCCAAACAGUUGCUCAAUUUAGAGUGAAUUAGUUUAACACCUGGAAAACAGAAAAAAAGCCACUGCUGGUUUAUCACUUAGCUGUUUUUACAUCUGUGUGCUCAUGAGACUUCCAUCACAUCAAAAACUAUUUCAUGAAUGGUUCACCUUAGCUCUGGAACUUAGAACUCUUUUAACAGUUACUUGAGAAUUUGGUGGAAAAAAGUUUAGCUGGAGGGCAGUACAUAACUUACAAACCAAUGUAUUGAUAUUUUAUGAACAUUUUUACAUAUAUAAGUGAAGUCAACUGCCAUCUUUUGAGCAUUACCACAUUUUAAAAUAAAGCUGCAUAUUUUUAAAUGAAGUGUUUAACAAGGAUUUAUAUUUUUCAUUUUUUUAAUUAAAAGUAAUUUAUAUCUCCUUUGUUGCAUGUGGAUUCUCAUCUGUUCUUAAAAUGGUUAGAGAUUUUGUUUGUGUUAGAAUGGAGCAAGGCCUGUAGUCAUGGCUCUAGUGUUUCAGUUUGUCAAAUCUGUUUACUGUAGUGAGAUUAUCUUAAAAUGUUUAGAUGUGGCUUUCUGUAGCUUAUCAUUUAUUGGCUUUUAUUUAUGUUCACUUUUAGGAUUUUCUGCCUACUCUAUACAGUUGUCUAAAUGAUAUCCCACGUUUACAAAUGCUCAUUCAGUUUCUAUUUUCUUUUUCCAUUAUAAUGCCUUAAUGGGCAGUUUUUAAGUGUGUGUGCAUGUGUGUGAGUGUUGGGAGGUCUGGGUGGGUGGUGAGAGUGCUAGGUUCCGAUUUUAGAGAUCAAAUAGUUUGAUUCAGGCAAACAGUUCUCACUGGAAUUUUACAGUUCAUCGUAAUGAAAAUAAUGUUAACCCUGGAUGACCUUUGACAUACAGUAAUGAAUCUUGGAUGUUAAUGAAUUUGUUGGUAGCAUCUUGAUGCAUGCAUUAUUGAGUUAUUUUCUAAGUUGUGCAUUUAUCCAAAGUUGGUAUAUUGGAAAUGUUUAUAUCAAAUUCCAUUUGGCUACUGAUGGACGUAAAAACAAAUGCUUUAUUAUGGAGAGUAUUUUUUCUUUAAAAAAUUAAAAAGGUUAAUUAUUUUUAA